CCCUAGUACAGGAUGUGAAGUCUGCUCACGCCUCGCUCAAACGAACAUUUUCAUCAACACAGUGUGCCGUCUGCAGCUGUCUCUUCCAGAUCUGCUUUCUCCUGUUCUGUCAGCCCAGAGCUGUGAGCAAUGCUGGGUCUAUUAAGGUCCAGCAUCCGCAAACGAUGAGCUCAGCAAGCUCAAACUCCGCUGGCUGGCUGGUUAAAGUCUUCAGGACUGCACUGUUUGGCUUUUCUUUCUCCAGAGGCCAGAGGACUGGGACUCAUGUACUGUCGCAUUCUCUAUUCUUGUUGAUGGAUGGCUGCUCGGUGGCUAGUUUGUCUCAGCUCUAUCCUCGGCUCAGAUUUGGAUGGCUGCCUGUGUGAAGCUGGUGUACCGUUUGUGUCCUGUGCGUGUGAUGGGCUUGUCGGAACUGUGGCUUUAGUGACAAGACUUUCUGUUCUAAGUUUCUUAUGAAUGUGUGCCUUGAGUAGGGCUGUCUCAGUUGCUCGAUUAACUUAUUUGCUCAAUUUGGGAAAAGAAAAUCCAUGAUAUAGCAUUCAACUUCUCAGUGACUUGGCAAUGAAUAAUUUGCAUGAUGAUAAUGCCUGUUUUUAGAUUCUUCUGCUGGUCUGUCUUAUAGUAAGAAAUAGAGCUUGAAAGACUUUUCACAUAAUAUUUAUAUGAUAUAUGUGCAUUUACUUUUGCUGGGUAGUGCUUUUAUAAAGUUCCUUUACAAAAGCUUCCUAAUCUAUUUUUUUCCAGUAAAGUAUUUUGAUUUUUUUUGAAAGGCUGUAUUGUUCAGUCUGUUUUUUUAUUGUUUGAUCCUACUCGAUUACCAGCAAAAUCAGUAGUGACAGCCCUAAUCUUGGGCAUGAGAUCAUUUCUAUUCCUCACAAAGACAAGAAUGAAAAUGGUGAUAAAAUGAUAAAAAAUGAUACCUGCAAUGCCGGAAUGUUUUUUUGGAACUAGAAGAUUAUAGUUGGUCUUGCCUCAAGGAUCCAGCUGUCUUUUUGGAAAUUUUCUCACACCUCUGCAGUUUCCUCCAGGCUCUCCCGUUCAGGGGGCGUACAGUAGGGAGGUGGGGGCCAAGUUGAGGACACCUCAGCUCCCCAUGGCCUGCUGCCUCCACACCCGUCGCCAUGGCAGCUGGAGACCAGAUGAUGAAGGCGACCACCAGCACAAUACCACAGGGAGUGAGGGCGGCAAUACGGGGGAAGGCACCCCUCCGCCCAAGCGCAAGGGCAAGUUCUCUACCCUGGGCAAGAUUUUCAAACCCUGGAAAUGGAGGAAGAAGAAAAGCAGUGAGAAGUUUAAGGAAACUUCAGAAGUUCUGGAAAGAAAGAUGUCGAUGAGAAGGCCAAGGCAGGAGCUGAUAGAGCAGGGAGUGCUAAAAGAGCUUCCUGAGAACGAAGUAGAUGAAGCUCAUGGCCCUAAGCUGCCCUAUGUGAAAAAUGGCCACACUCUGCCUGUAGGAGGCAGCAGCGGAAGCGGGAGUCGAGGGCUUGAGCCCGUUCGGUCCCCGGCCGAGUCAGACCUCAGAGUAAACCAGGCCUGGCUGCCCCAGCCUGAGGAGCGCAGGGGUCGUGUCCCCUCCGACGGCGAGCGUCGUGGAGUGCUGGGCAUUCGACCCACCAGCCACGAUGAGUGUAGGAGAGGUGGCCGGUCUGGCGGGGAGGAGUGGAAAACCAACCUGGCCUGGCAGAUGGACGAGAACCGCCGUGGAGGCAGAGCAGACGAGAAAAGACCUGGCCUGAUCAAAGCCCCGUCUGAGGACGGCCGAAGGACACGCCCCGAGCCAGAGUGGAAGCCUACCCUUCCCCGCCACUCUUCAGCUGAGGAGGGCAGAGGAAGACGAGAAUCAGACGGCGGUCACUAUGUUCCGGACUCAGAGGCUUUAAGGGACACUCUGCGAGAACCGUUGCCUCCCAAGCAGUCCAUUAUGCCGCCCAAAUGGCUGAUGAGCUCCACCCCAGAGCCUGGCAUGGAGGGCUCCCCCCGCACGCCCGUUCACAGCCCCGCCAUCUCUUUCUCUUCCUCUUCCGCUUCCUCCAGCUCACCCCCAUCCUCAGCAACCAGUGCAGCUGGCAAGCCUCUACGGACUGCUUCGUCUGCUGGGGCUAACACGCAGGCCUCCAGCGGAGCGCACUUCACCCCCUCCUCUGUACAUUCAUCCUCCUCUGUGGGCACGGCCCCAACCCAGCCGGUCAAGCAGCCCCCACUGCCCCCACCCAAGCCAGUGAACCGCACCACCAACCCUGCAAUGCUGGCCUCCACCCUGCACGGGGGCGACCCCUUUCCCCUCUACUGGUCCUGUUGGAAGCGCGAGGGCGACUAUGAUGUGUACCUGUCCCUGCCUGUGUACCUGUGCCGGCGGGCAGGAGGCGUGCGCGCAGCUGAAUUUGCCCAGAUGACAGGAGGCACUAACCUAGUGCCAGCCAAGCCUUCUCCACCCAUGCCUCCGAAGAGAACCACACCGGUCACCAAACGCAACACUGAGGACUCCAACUUGCCCAUCUCCUCUCUGCCCUCCAUGUUGUCACCUGAGGACAGAGCCAACAUCCCAGGGGGCUUCCCACUGCCCCCACCUCCCCCGUCCCCACCUCUGCCAACACACAUUCCACCCUCCCCUCCCCGAGGCCACACCCACCACCUUCUGCAUCAACACUCCUACCCCCAUCCUUUGCCCCAACCGCUACCUGUCCAUUUUGACCCCCCAAGCCCACUGGAGGAACCACCUGCCCGUCAAGCCCCAGUGCCCCUACACAUCAUGAUCCAACGGGCACUGACCAGCCCUGGACCGGCGCUCCCUCACCCGGACGGCUCCCAGCGUGCCCACUCGCUGCUGUUUGAGACGCCUCCAGAAUACCAGGGAGCCCGCCCGCUGCCCGUCACCAUUCAGCCGCUUAAAGUAGGUGAAGAUGACUACUCAGAUGAGGAAGAAGAAGAAGAGGAGGAGGAAGAGGAGGAGGAGGAAGAAGAAGAAGAAGAGGAGGAGGAGGAAGAGGACGAAGACGAGCCUUCUCCUGAACACUUGCCUCUCCCUCAGACUCAGCCAGAGCUGGAGCCACGCAGCCGCAGGUGUCUGGUGGGAGAACUGAGUGUCAGCAUGAUCCCGGAGGGACCCGACAGCAGUGAGGGAGAGGAGGGAGAGGAAGACCAGCACGCUGAAGAGAGCGACUCGGACGGGCCCGUGCUCUACAAGGAGGAUGAAUCGGAUGAAGAUGAAGAGGAUGACAGUCCUCCAAGUGCUUUGGCCAGCAGGGUGAAGAGGAAGGACACUUUGGCUCUGAAGCUGAGCAGUCGGCCCUCGGCCCCAGACAGGCAGGCUCCUGAGAGGCAGGCCAGAGUGGAGCACACAGGCCUUUCCUGGCAGAGCAAGGAGCAGUGGGAGGCCAUCCGCACACAGAUUGGCACAGCACUCACACGACGACUGAGCCAGAGGCCCACUGCUGAGGAGCUGGAACAGAGGAACAUUUUACAGCCCAAGAAUGAAGCAGAUCGUCAGGCGGAGGUUCGGGAAAUCAAACGCAGGCUCACCAGAAAGUUAAGUCAGAGGCCCACAGUUGCUGAGCUACAGGCCAGAAAAAUCCUGCGCUUCCACGAGUAUGUGGAGGUCACACUCGCUCAAGACUACGACCGCCGUGCUGACAAGCCAUGGACCAAACUCACACCUGCCGAUAAGGCUGCGAUCCGAAAGGAGCUCAAUGAAUUCAAGAGCUCUGAGAUGGAAGUUCAUGAAGAGAGUAGGAUUUAUACGAGAUUCCAUCGUCCUUAACAUCCUUCCUUGUCUAGAAAGUGAAGCACUUCAGCGCUGACACAGGGAGAGAGACUGAGAGAGGAGCCUCAAGGUGUUCAAUCUCCCUGACAGAGACUGCCUUUCAGUGAAUGUACUGUACAGAUACCUGGAACAAAUAGAGAACUUUUCCUCAGUCGUCUGCCCUUCUGUAAAUAUGCUGGGGGUGAGGGCUGAGCACUGUAGGACAAAUGCAGUAUUCCUCCCUGAAACUAAAGGGAGACUGACAUGUGCCAAGUCAAAGAGCUGAUGAAGGACCCCGUGAGGGGCGUGCAGAGUGUGCGCCAUCAGGAGACAUCAUGCAAGGGACCCUUCCACUGACGUCACUCUGCCCUCUCUGCCCUCAGAGGGGAAAAGACAGUCUAUAGAGUGGCCUUUUUCUGCUUAUACUUGGUAUUACACACUCUAUUUCCUUUUAGGGAAAUGUAAUAACCUUAACAAAUAAUAGUGAUAAGAAUGAUGGUGAAUAAUAAAUACAGUAAUAAUAAAUGUUCAUAACUGAGGGUGGCCGAGAAGAGGGUGCACAGGUGGACUCUGCAUGGACAAACACGAGGAUAUUUGUGUAUUUGUGUAUGUCUGUAUAGAUUGCUGUAAUUUUCUCUUAGACCGAUUCAUUGGAAAGUUAUAAUUAGAAACUGUAAUGCACAAGGUUUUAUGAUGUAAUGUUGAAGUUGAAUUUAUGUGAAGUGGCCACCUUUUCAUGCCUCUCUUACUGAGACUUGAGACUAGCCCUUCUUUUGGAGCUCACUGUUACAAAAGGGGAAGGGGAAACCGAUGGUCUUUCUCUUUCUCUAGUUUUUUUUGUCCGCACACAAGAAUUUUAGACUUAACAUUUCACAUCAUGGGUUUUAGUCUACACAUUACCGCAAUGUAUGAUGUUUUAAGCCCUUUUAAUACAUGGGGUUCAACCAUUUCAAUCAAAUACUAAUCAUGUUUCUGACAGAUACAACUGCAUACACGUCUGAAUAAGAAUAACUUAUUAAAAUUUAGACUUUUUUUUUUUUUAGAAAGUCAUUGUUACGGGCAAGUAUUGUCACAGCACUAUGAAUAAAAUUGUUUUUAUAGAGUAAUGGCUGACAGGGAAACUGUUUCGGCAGGAACGUUUUGUUUUCUGUUUUUCUUCUUUCUUUUUUUAAUGUCUAUGGCCAGUAGAAUAAUAGAAGAUGUUCUGCUGUACAGAUCUAUUCCCUAGAUUAAACUGACUGUUGUGUAUAUCUUGUCUUCCUUUUAUUUUGAAACAUUUUAAAUAUAUUAAAAUUUUAAAUAGGUUGCUAUUUUUUUAAGCACAAAAUGUUAGCAUAUUAUUCCACACUACAAGAAUUCAUCUUAAUAUACUUGUUUCAUGUUAAUGUAGCAUUGCAGCUCAUCUUAUGUUUGUUUUUGAUUCUAUGUGAACUUUUAGAAGCUGACAAUAUUUUUUUCUGUUUAGUUGUCACCUAUGAAUCUAAAUUAAAAAUGCUUACAAAUCGUUUA